UGCUCAUGAAUAAUCAUCUGGAUUUAGAAGGGGUGGGGAAUAUAUAUAUAUAUCAGCUCUUCUGCUGCGUGGAUUUAUCCACAUCGUUAUUAAAAGUAGAUUUGCAGGCUACAGCGCUGAUUCAUUAAGUGGGAUCCAGCGGUGAAUGCCGGACUGCUUUUCCAGUUGAAUAUUAGUCAUGCCGGUGGAAUGGAGAAACUGAGUAAUCAAGAACUUGAGAAUUUAGCUUCUUCAACCCAUGAUCAGGACAAAGGCAGUGUGAAGCAGGGCAGUCACAGCAUUAACAUGUUUCCUUUGUGCAGAAAUCAUGGAGGGAGUAAACGAAAUCAAGGCUACUACAGUACACAAGAACAGUCUGGGAACAGUCCUAACAACUUGAGCAAUAGUCCACAAGUCCAAGCCCCAGAGAAAGUGACUCUUAUUGUAGAUGGAGCAAGAUUUGUUGUAAACCCACAAAUUUUUAUAGCCCAUCCUGAUACAAUGUUGGGAAGAAUGUUUGGACCAGGACGAGAAUAUAACUUCACUCGUCCAAAUGAAAAGGGCGAAUAUGAAAUUGCAGAAGGCAUCAGUUCUGCUGUUUUUCGGAUUGUGCUGGAUUAUUACAAAACUGGAAUCAUUCACUGUCCUGAUGGAAUUUCUAUUCCUGAUCUCAGAGACACUUGUGACUAUCUUUGCAUCAAUUUUGAUUUCAACACAAUCAAGUGUCAAGAUUUAAGUGCAUUAUUGCAUGAACUGUCCAAUGAUGGGGCUCAUAAGCAGUUCGAUAGCUAUUUGGAAGAGUUAAUCCUGCCAAUAAUGGUUAGUAGUGCUAAAAAAGGAGAACGUGAAUGUCAUAUUGUCGUAUUAACGGAUGAAGACAUAGUGGACUGGGAUGAAGACUAUCCACCUCCAAUGGGGGAAGAAUAUUCACAAAUUCUGUAUAGUUCUAAGCUCUACAGAUUUUUCAAGUACAUUGAGAAUCGGGAUGUUGCAAAAACUGUUUUGAAAGAACGAGGCCUCAAAAAUAUAAGAAUUGGCAUUGAAGGUUACCCCACUUGUAAGGAGAAAGUGAAAAAGAGGCCUGGCGGACGCUCUGAAGUUAUCUAUAACUAUGUUCAACGUCCAUUCAUCCAGAUGUCUUGGGAAAAGGAAGAAGGAAAAAGUCGGCAUGUUGAUUUCCAGUGUGUUAGAAGUAAAUCUCUAACAAACCUUGUAAUGGCAGGUGAAGACGUAGCAGAAGAUCAAGAGAUUAUGUUGCAUCACCCUCCCCAGGUAGACGAGCUUGAUCGAUUAAAUGCACCACUCUCUCAAAUGGAUGCCAAUGAAGUGGCAGAUUAAUUAAGCAGCACAAAAGGCUCUCAAAUGGACUUGACUGAGCUUUUGGGUGGAGACUUAAUGCCCAUUUCAGAGCCGAAUUUUCUUGUCAUGGUUGCUAUAGUUUCCAAAUAUAGUCUCUUCAAGCCCAGAGGACUAUUUUUUUUUAUUUGCUUCUUGAAAGUUCCAAGCAUUCUCUUAGGACAGCUGGAAAUCUGCGAAUUGAGUUAAUAUUUAUCCCUGUGGCUAAAUAAUUGAAUUGGAACUAAAAGAAUGGAAACCUAUUUUCAACUCACUUGAAUUGAAAGGAUUGUUUGAUUAUGUGACGUCAAGUUAUUUUCAGUUCCUACCACUUAAGAUUUUCUCCAUGAUGAUCUGUCCCUAAUUUGUUUGUUCACGUCUCCCAACAGUGCGCUCCCAAUGCCCCUGCAAAUGUCCACCCAUCUUGCUCCUGGUUGUCCUCCUCUUCUCUUUUCCUUCCUGCUUUCCCAGAAUUAGAGCUUUUUCUCGAAAGACUUUGUGUAAAAUAUUAAGUGGGAUAAUUUGACACUGGUCAUUUGUGCCUCAAGUGAUAAAGUCUACGUUGAGCUGUUUGAUGUUCCACUGAAUUGAAGGAAUACAACAUAAAAAAGUGUUAAGAGUCUUCAUUAACAUUAGUCUAGACAGACUCAGUUUUAAAAGGUACCAUAUCAUGAAGGAUUCCGUUGUGGUAUUACAACCAUUAUCAGUAUCAUAGCAACGAGUUUGGUACCCUUCAUCCUCCAUUACCUGACUGAAGUAGAUACUUGUAGAAACAUCACACCUACAAUGCAUGCACUUUUGUCACCUUUCUCUUCAAUUUCCUAAUACUGAUAUAACAGCUCAGAAAGGACGAUCAGACACACUUACCAAGGUAAGCACUAAUUGGGAGAAAUUGGAAUCUGUGGGUGCCCAGUGAACCACUCAAAUUAGUUACAAGGAAAGAACCAGUCCUACUUUACACAUAUGCCUAAAUUGUGCUUACUUAUGGAAAUAAGCUACUGGAAUACAAAAGAAAGUACCACUUGCAGAAAACAAUGCGUAAUCUUGGGCUCAAACAUUCAAGCAGUAACACUGGAUAAACGAAGAUGGCUGAACAUCCCCCCCCCCUUGAAAAGCAGCAUUUCUUGAACGGAAAGAACUUCCUUGUGAAAGAAUUCCACAGCAUUUUUUAAGAAAGUGACUGUUGCAGGAAAGCCUGCAUUGCAGCAGCUAUCAUGAGUCUUGAGUAUAGUAAACGCUUUGUGGUUGUUCCAUAUAAUCCGUUCUCUUGGCUAAGGAUGUUGAUCUUUGAUACUAGCAAGGAUGUCAGGUUUUAUGACAUCACUUCUCAGCAUUUUGGCUAAGAUCAUUUGUAGGAGUAAAGUUUCCUAGCUGCCUCAGCAAUUUGGGACUAUCAGGGUGCUUGAGGCUGGCCCUUGAAAGAAUCAAUUGGGAAACAUUAUAAUCAGCAGGAUCAGUAGAAAGCAGGGCUUUCUAUACCAGGGCUCCUCAAACUCAUAUAACCGCAAUUCACAAAAACAAUAAAAUGAAUUUCUGUGAUCCCCUCUCCCCAUUAACAACUCAUUUCAUUGGGAUUAUGGUUGGGCAAUAAAUAAUAACACCUUAAUUGAAAUUGAAUUCAUGUAUCAAAUCAAGCCAUGAUAAAACUUUACAUUUAUAGUCAGAACAGUGGAGGCGAUCCCCACUUCUAUGAAUAAAUGCCAAAGUUAAUAUUAAGGGAAAAAGUUUUUUUUCUUUCCGUUCUAUUAUAAUUUGCCUUCUUAUAAUUUGAAAUGAUUAUAGAGCGUCUUGCACUCUGGAAUGAUGGAGAACCGAUCUUGUCAUUUUCAUUCAGGUACAGUAGUCCUUCAGGUUCAAGAAUAUUGUCAUACCUCCCUGCUCCCUUUUUUUCCUUUUUCACAGCUAAGCAUUCCUAAUUCCUAAAUCUUCUUUUGUAAUAAGACUUGGUUUCUAAUCCGCUGCUAAUUCUUAUUUCCCUUUCUGAAUCUGUUUAUUUAAAUCUUUUUUAAACUGUGGUACCAAGAACUAGAUGCUGUAGUCAAUAUUGGGAUCAGUGACUGCAAAAUCUUAUGUAAGCCACAUUGUAAAGUAAGUUUGAACAUAGAGUACAACCAGCUCAUUCUCAUACAAAUUAAAUAUUUCCUUGGAGGCCUAUCAUCUAGAGAAAUUUGUUUUAAAUUUGGCAAUUUCUAAAUUGGUUGACAUUUUUUCCCAAUUUUCCAAUGUGAGUAAUUCAAAUUUGGUUCUAAUAUCUAAUGUACUCCAUGAUAUUUACAUGUUGAUGGGCUACAGUGUUCAACAGUCCCAGAAAGCAUGAAUGAUGGUGAAGGGUGCAGAGAAACAUCUGGUUCAGCAACAUCUGGAGGCCAUAGCUUUUUUGGGACUUAGAAAAAUUUGCUGUUAGCACUCUGAUGGCGAACCUGUGGCACGCGUGCACGAAAUGGCACAUGGAGCCAUGUUGCCUGGCCUGCGCAGCAGCGCCAGUUCCUCUUCCGGGUUUCUGGCGCACAUACGCGCAUGACGAUCAGCUGGCCUUUUUGCAUGCGGCAGUGCCGGAAACUAGGAAGAUCUUCUAGCUGGUCUUCUGUUUUCCUGCAUGAGGACAUGCACGCCGGCCAGCUGACUUGUCACGUGCACAUGUGCGCCAGAAACCCAGAAGAGUAGCUGGCUGAAACUGCAAGUUCAGUAGCUGAAACCAGAGGUCCAUUUUUGGACUCGUGCAUGCACCCUGGGCAGCUCCUCUUCCAGGUUGUGGCCCAGACAUGCGCACGCAUCCCUUUUCAGUGCCAAAAAGGCUCGCCAUCACUGCUGUAGCAGAUAAAAAGCAAUGCUUGUGCCAUUGGACCAGAUCCAAAUCAGAAUUUUAGGAAAAUCAUGGUUUCAGUGGGUACAGAUCAAACCUGAAUCUAACUCACUGGAUAGAUAAAAUAAAAAAAUAACUUUUAAAUUAAAACAGUAACAAAUUCAGAUCUGUGGCGUUUAGGCUCCUUGUAUCCCAGUGAACUGAAUAUCACCUAUCUCGCAUGCAAAGGCCAGCAGCAUUUCUUGUAGAACUACUCUGGUCUCUUAAGAGUGAGCAUUAGAGGCAAUACAAACUCAAGCAAUUCAUACAGAUUUAUUCUAAAAAAAUAUUUCUUAAUUGAUGCAAGUUUUUAUUUUCCCCUCCCAUUGCAUUUGAGCAAAUGGAGAAUUUCAGUAAUCACAACCUUGUUCUUUUAUUAUUGUGAUUUAGUUUAUAAGUUAAUUCAAUGCUUAGCAUUUACAAGAUCAUGCUGUUUAAGUAUUUUUUGUAAAAGUUAUUUUAUAUACUUCUUCAUAGACUUUAUUAAAAUACCGGUACAUUUUAAUCUAUUUUCCUGUGACUUUUCUUCUCAGCCAAGGAGGAUCAGUAGAAAUUGCAUAUAUUGGUAUCUAUAUUCACUUAAUAGGCUCCACCUAGGUAUGCACAUAUACAAUAUAUCGACAAUUGAUGCUACAAAGUCUAAAUGCUGCCAUCUAAUUUCUAUCAUAUGUGAACCAAAUCUGAUUAUAACCAAAAUGGUUUGCGCGAAGUCUCUAUAAAUUCCCUCACUCUCAUUGUAACAAAAAAGGUUUAUAUGGACAACUAUAGUUUUCCUUUAAUCAACAUCCUGAUGCCAUGUAUUCUUUUCUUCCUGUCUCCCUUUCCUAAAUUACUUGUUGAUUUUUUGCAAGUAUAUAAAUUUACUAACUGGAAUAAAGUUGUGAAUCAAC